AGAGAGAGAGAGAGAACAUUUCGGGGCGGAAGGCGAAGCCCAGGCGCCGUCAUGCGAAGCGGGCGGAGCGGCACAAGGGCGUCCAUAGUAGCGGCGCCCUCUUCUGGGUCGGAAGAUUCCGAGUGGGAGGAGGAGCGCGUGGUGAGGCUGCGGGAGCGGGCUUGGCGCGAUGGCCCGCGGGGUCCUGGAUCCGGUGGGAAGGGCCGCAGCCGCCGCUCCAGGGAACAUCGCACUAAUUGGCGCGUCCCGGCCGGCCACGAACGGAAAAUCACCGCCAAGAUUCGAGCUAGCUUAGCCAAACGUCGCCUCCAGCAGCGCCCGGGGAGAGGACCUAGAUCUGCCCCUCUGCAACCCAGAAAACGCGCAGAAGCCGACGCUAAGGUUCCAGAAACUAUCACCUGCUGAGCAUCUUUUCUCACAAUCUCUGACUGCAGUUGCUCUGUAGCUGAAGAAACUCUCUUCAGGGUAUGCUGCUGUGUACCAGAGUCUCUGUCCACUUUGGUUUCCUGUUGUAUAACUUAGAAGCCAUUUCUUUUCAAUAACACCAAGUCUGGGCA